GAAAAUAUUUGAGUGUUUUUUUCUUUAUUUGUGUCACUCCACUCAUUGGCUCCUGUGGCGCUCCACCCUUGCCAGAUAACGUGUGUUAGAACAGGUGGCAGGUUUCUAAGCUCUAAGGCAAAAACACCUGAAAGUAUGGACUUGCCGUCUGACUCGGAAACACAGCUCCUCGUUGAGACUUACCUGGAGCCUCUCACAAGGUCGAGUCCUACGGGGAUUAGGAAUUCAGAUUCGGAGCUCAGUGAAGACGACUGCAGCGUGGGGCAGGAGUCGAGCGACGUGUCAAAGUCUGAAAAUAAGACAAGACGUGUGGCCAGAAGGAAGCUCCUUGUCGCGUGCGCCGUCAGCCUCGUCUUUAUGACCGGAGAGGUGAUCGGCGGAUACGCGGCUCACAGUUUGGCCAUCAUGACGGACGCGGCUCACCUUCUGACGGACUUCGGCAGCAUCGUGAUCAGCAUCUUCUCCCUGGAGGUUUCGUCCAGGCCUCAAACUCAAACCAUGACUUUCGGCUGGUACCGAGCAGAGAUUCUGGGGAUGUUCCUCUCCAUCGUGUCGGUCUGGGCCGUGACGGCGGUUCUGGUCUUCUCAGCCGUGCAGAGGAUCGCUGAGGGAGAGUACGACAUCGACGGCCAGAUCAUGCUCGUGACCUCGGCCUGCGCCGUGGUUGUCAACGUCCUGAUGGUUCUGAUUCUUCAUCAGUCCGGUGCCUCACACGGCCACAACCACGAGGUCCCCGUAGCGCAGAGGGACAAACGGACUCGGGGUCGUCACCACGGCAGCGCGAGUGUGAAGGCGGCCUUCGUCCACGUGUUGGGCGACCUGCUGCAGAGUGUCGGUGUCCUCCUGGCUGCUAGCAUCAUUCACUUCUGGCCUGAGUAUAAAGUGGCAGAUCCCCUUUGCACCUUCCUGUUCUCCGUCGUCGUCGUCGGAACAACACUUCCCGUCUCGAAGGCCGUGUUCAGGAUACUGAUGGAAGGCGCUCCUCAGGGCGUCGGCUCCGUUAGAGAGCAGCUACUGUCCGUGGGAAAAGUCAAAGCUGUCAACAGUUUGCACACAUGGAGCCUCAACAUGGACCACUCUCUGCUUUCCGCACACAUCGCUAUAGAUGAAGGUGCGGAUUCACAGAUCGUCCUCAGGAAGGCAACAAAGCUCCUUCGUUCCAAGUUUGGUUUCUCCAGCAUCACAAUCCAAGUGGAGCGAUGCAAGGCUUCAUCCAGAAGAUGAUUCUGAUUGGCUGCUCCCUCUGUGGCAACCAGCUGCAGCUGGUUUUAAAAAGCUGUGUCCAUUAUUUGGAGUAUGCAUAAAGUUUUCACCCAAACACCAUGGAAAUGAAUGUCAAUCUUAUUAUUCCAGGAUGAAAUUAAUUUUUUUUUUUUUUGAGUUUGUUUGCUCAAAUGACAAGUGAAUAAACAAAUAUGCCCCCUGCUAA